CUCCAGCAGAAUCAUCCCUCUCCAAUUCAAACGAGGCCACGUUAGCAUCACCAACGUGCAACCAACAUGACUGCAAAUGGAACCAGCGACAUGCUCAAAAUCCAAUUUGGGCUUAUUAAUUGUGGAAACAAAUACCUCACAGCUGAAACGUUUGGAUUCAAGAUCAAUGCCUCCGCCACCAGCAUGAAGAAGAAACAGAUUUGGACCCUGGAGCAGGAUGGAGAUGAUUCAAAUGUGUUCUUUCUGAAAAGCCACCUCGGGAGGUACAUCGCAGCAGACAAAGAUGGCAACGUCACAGGUGACAGCGAGACCCCAGGAGAGGACUGCAGGUUUAUCAUCACAGCCCACGAUGAUGGGCGCUGGUCCCUGCAGUCCGAGACCCACAAGCGUUAUCUGGGUGGCACCGAGGACAGAAUUACCUGCUUUGCCCAAACCAUCUCCAUCGCUGAAAAAUGGAGUGUCCACAUUGCCAUGCAUCCCCAGGUGAACAUCUUCAGCCUCACCAGGAAAAGAUACGCUCACCUGAGCUCCAAACAAGACGAAAUUGCAAUUGACAGGGAUGUUCCUUGGGGUGUUGACUCCCUCAUCACCUUAGUCUUUCAGGACCAGAGGUAUCACCUGCAAACUUCUGAUAACCGGUUUCUGAAGAACGAUGGCAGCCUGUCCCUGAAGCCUGACAAGUCAACUGGAUACACACUGGAGUUCAGAUCUGGAAAAGUGGCGUUCAGAGAUUGCACGGGGAAAUACCUUGCUCCCUCUGGUCCCAGUGGAACCAUGAAGUCCGGCAAGAGCUCAAAGGUUGGGAAAGACGAGCUUUUUGUUCUGGAGCAAAGCCACCCUCAAGUGGUGCUUACCGCUGGGAACGAUAGGAACGUCUCCACCAGACAAGGGAUGGACCUCUCUGCCAACCAAGAUGAAGAGGGCGAUCAGGAGACGUUCCAGAUGGAGAUCAGCAAGGACACAAAGAAGUGUGCCUUCAGGACCUGCACUGGCAAGUACUGGACCCUGACUGCAAAUGGUGGGCUCCAGUGCACCGCCUCCACAAAGUCUACUAACUGCUACUUUGACAUUGAAUGGCGUGGGAAGAAAAUCACUCUCCGUGCUGCCAAUGGAAAAUACGUGGCAGCCAAAAAGAAUGGACAGCUGGCAGCCACAAUUGACUCUGCUGGGGAGACAGAGGAGUUCUUGAUGAAGCUCAUCAACAGGCCUAUCAUUGUCCUGCGGGGAGAGCAUGGUUUCAUUGGCUGUAGGAAGGUGACUGGAACCCUGGACUCCAACCGCUCGUCCUACGACGUCUUUCAGUUGGAGUUCCACGAUGGGGCCUACAGCCUCCAAGAUUCCACUGGGAAGUACUGGAUGGUAGGGAACGAGUCUUCAGUUACCAGCAGCAGUGAUAGCCCUGUGGACUUCUUCCUUGAAUUUUGCGACUACAAUAAAGUGGCCAUCAAGUCUGCUGAGGGAAAAUACCUAAGGGGAGACCACGCUGGUGUGCUGAAAGCCAAUGCUGAUGAGCUGGACAGCUCUACCAUGUGGGAAUACUAGAAGAAGCACUUGAG